AGUUUGUGAAGAAUAUGACUGGGGUUAAGACUGGAGCUAGUUUUCAACAUCGUAGAAUUUACGAUAAAUUAAACGAAUUAAAUACCAAGAAUGCCUUUACUCAAGAAGAAAUUGAAAAGUUCCUCGAUAUGAAGAAUUACGAGGUUGCGAAAGAAAUUGAUAAGAAAGCUUAUGAGAAGGCUAUUAGUGACAAAACAUCACGAAAAAUUUUCUUGAAUAAAUACUUGAAGUUAUGUAAUCGUCACGAUCAAAAGUUAAAAGAAACUGAAAAAAGAUUACCAAACAGCAGGAAUCAUCCAUAUUGGCCGAAAGCAAAGGAUAUUAAAGAUAACAUUGCAGGAGUUAAAACAGCUUACAGUUUCGCACCCAAAAAUAUUCAAAAG